AUGGAUUGGCAGAGUAAAAAUUGCUCUUGGAUUCAGGCCAGUGUGUUCAAAUGCAGGGACAGGAUUAGGGGAACCAAUGCUUGGGGUUCUGCUCUGCACAAUGGUAAAUAUAAAACAAAUGAGGUGUAUAAUGACCUUCGUGGAAACAGAGAGCAAGUUACUUGGAAGUAUGUGUUACACCGGAAUUUUGCUAAACCUCGGGCCAAGUUUAUACUGUGGUUGAGCUUAUUGGAUCAUUUAAGUACCAAGGAUAGAUUGUUGAAGCAUGGGAGCACUGUUGAUGUUGGCUGUAUUUUCUGCAGGGAGAUGGAAACUCUUCACCACUUAUUUUUUGAAUGCCAGAUAACUAACCAAAUUUGGCGCUUAGUUCUCCACCAUAUUGGUUAUGACAGGAACCCCAGGGGCUGGACACAAGAGAAGGUUUGGCUUAACAGUGAAACUAGAAAGCAAGGAUGGCUUAGAGAGUUGCUAAAGAUUGCAAUUGCUGAGUGUGUGUAUGGUAUUUGGAGACAUCGAAAUGUUGUGAUUUUUAACCAGACUCCAGUGGAUCCUCAUAUUUGGAAGGCAAUAGUUCAUGAUGUUCUUAUUAGAGGUAGUUUCCAAAAGUCUAUUAGGAGUCAUGUAAAUGUUGAAACUAUGAGUAUCUCUCUUUAA